AUGACUUCGUUAGAGAGCUUCAGAAACGAGUGGAAGAAAGAAUUGAGCGAGAAGAAACAGACAAAUGCGAUAGAUUUAUGGCUACAGGCGGAAGCAUACGAAGCAGAUGGUGAUCUCGGGAAAGCUAUCAAUUUCUACAGCCGCGCAGAAAAACUCGACCCUGACGUUUUUUCGAAAGUCCGUCAGUUCCGACCUGAACGAGUCAAGCCCGUCUUUGGCGGCGAUUACGAAAAAGUUUCAAAAACAAAUCUCGAAGAGGACCUCAACAAAAACCUCGAAUCGCUAAAAAUCUCCACCGGCGGGACAAAAAACACUGGUGCAUUUUUCGACAAUCCAGAUUUCUUGGCACAAGUUCCAAGUCGACCAAGCCUCGUCGAUUUUCCGACAGAAGUGAUUGAAAAAGUCAUGCGAUGUUUGGCAUCGAGUGGGCAUUUGAUUUCGAUUGGGAAGCUCUCCCUUGUCUGUAAAUUUCUGUACAACCAAGCUGAGGAUGAAAAGCUUUGGAAAGUCGCCUGUAGGAACUUUUUUGAUGAAGAAACGCUUACUGAACUUUUCAAAAUUCAUGGGAACUAUAAGACAUGCUAUCUGAAUACUCCUAAGCCAAAUCUAUCAGAUGGAGUGUACGUCGGGAAACAAAGCUAUUGGCGUGAGGGAGAGCAGCGAGGAUGGACAAAUAUCGCUCAACACGUGACCUACCGGAGAUAUUUACGAUUCUAUCCGGACAAUCUUGUCAUUGUCGUCUGCUCUGCGGAAGAACCCAAAUUCAUUAUGCGCAAGAUUUUCUCUAAUGACACGGGAUACAAACGCAUUAUCACAAAUUUACCAUCUCUUAGACAGGUCUGUAUCCAAAAGAAAGAUGUUCGAAAACUAGCAGGAGUUAAAUACGGCCGAUGGCAUUAUUUUCCAACUGAGAAGAGGAUCGAAAUCGAUGUUUCAGAAGAGUUGCUCUCAAAAGUUGAAUAUACGAAGAUUAUUUUUUCGCUGGAGAAAAAUGGUCGACAACUAGAUUGGGUCUACUAUCGCUGCACGGAAAUGAAAAGUAAUCAAGAGAAUUCUAUCGAACUGCCAGUAUCUGAAUUUCCCUCGCUUGAGCUUUAUCGCAAAUAA